AUGCGGCUGUCGGAGCUGUGCCUGGCGCUCCUCUGUGCCGCCGGCGCCGGCACCGAACCCCCGCGGGCAGCUCGGGAGCGGCGGCCGGGCCUGGGAGCAGCUGCGGGAUGGGCGGCGGCGGCGACGGGACGCGGAGGGCCGGGGGCGGCCGGCGUGGACCCCCGGCAGGCGUGGAUGCUGCUGGCCGGGAGCCCCGGGCGGGGAAGCGGCGGUCGGGCCCGUGGCGGGCCGGGGGCGGACACGGCACCGGCGGGCGGCCGCUCUCCGGGAAAACCGCCCCCGGAGCAGGGCAGUGUGCCAGGGGCUGCCCCGGACCCCCCAGCCGCCUCCCCCGCCGUGCCCGUGGAGCUCCUGAGGGAGCUGCGGAUCCUGCUCAGAGGAAUAGCAAAGGAGCAGGCAAAGGUGCAGAGGGCAGCCUGGGAAGGGCAUAAGGAAGAGGAAGAACGCAGCCCCCAGGCCGGGGCCCAUCAUCGCGUGAACGCAGCCUUCCACUGCCGAACGCGCGAAGACAUCUCCGUGGAGCAGAGAACACGACAGGAGCUGCAGCUGUUCUACAUCCCUGAGAGGGAGGAGAUGUUUCACCGUGGCCUAGGGCUGAACCUGACCAGCGGGCAGUACACAGCCCCCAUCGCAGGGUACUACACCUUCACCACCACGCUGCACAUCGUGCACAGGGAGCCGCCGAAGAAGAGGCAGGGGUGCCGGGGGACGCGCCUGCGUGUGCUGAUCUGUGUGCAAUCCCGCUGCCAGCACAACAGAAAUUUGGAGACUUCAUCCUGGCUGGAGAGCAGGGGUGACCUUUUCACCAUCUCUGUCACCGGAGUCCUUUACCUGCAGGCCGGGCAGUACGCCUCUGUUUUUGUGGAGAACGCUGCAGGCUCUCCCCUCACUGUUCGAAGGGGCUCCGAUUUCAGCGCCGUUCUGCUGGGGGUGUGAAGAGGCACCAGGCAGGGCACUGAACUUGUGCCAGGAGCAGCCAGACCCUUCCCUCUGCCAGCCAUGAUCACAUCUCCCUUGCUCAGCACCGAGCCCAGGGAAGACCAUUUGCUCUUGCAGGAACUGCAGUCUGGUCUGAUACUGCUCAUGCUGCAGAACCAGCUGAGGAUGAACAAAAGAUCAUGGAGAAGAUGAUAAUAAAACAGCCUGACAAGGACCUAAAGGCAUUCACUUUUAACUAAAGGCUAGGUCUGAAAAUUUAUCUGGGAAAAUGCUGCUGACAGUGGCAGAUGUCAGAUGGUUGCCUUCU